GUUGGUAAGAACCUCCCAAAAUCAACUCCCCAUCCAUCCCUCCUCUCUCUCUCUCUCCUUCCUCCCCCUUUCCUCUCCUUUUCCCUCACCACUUCUUUCCUCCUCAAAACUGUACUUCAAAUCUUUUGAGCCCCUUCCUCUCACCAUUUCUCUUUCAGAUCCCUCUUUACAAAGAAACAGAGAGAGAGAGAGAUGGGGAAUUGCUGUAGUUCUAAAGUGAAGUCUAAGAGCCCAGUGAACACCAGGUCAUUAAGCCCAGGCCCGUUGACUUCGAAGACCACCAGCAGCUGGUCAACGACCGGCCACCUCUCAACCAUCAGCGCCGGCAGCACCACCACCAGCACAUUCGGGCUGUCGACCGGCAGCAGCAGUGGCGUCGGGAGAGAAUUCGGGCAGUCGACUGCCAGCAGCAGCAGCGUCGGCAGAGAAUUUGUGAAGUCGACCGGCAGCAGCAGCGGCGUCGGCAGAGAAUUUGGGCAGUCGACUGCCAGCAGCAUCAGCGUCGGCGGAGAAUUCGGGAAGUCGGCUGGCAGCAGCAGCAGCGGCGGCAUCAGCAGAGAAACCGUGAAGUCGGCUGGCAGCACCAGCAGCGUCGGCAGAGAAUUCGUGAAGCCGACUGGCAGCACCAGCAGCAGGACAGCAGCAGCAGACAGCAGUGGCAGCGGCAGCCGUGCAGACGAUGAUUUGUAUCCCGACGGCCGCAUUCUGGAGGUGCCGAACCUGCGGACGUUCACGUUCGCGGAGCUGCGCAGCGCCACGAGGAACUUCAGGCCGGAUACGGUGCUCGGCGAGGGCGGCUUCGGGAAGGUGUACAAAGGGUGGGUCGACGAGCGGACGCUGAACCCCACGAAGAGCGGCGUCGGCAUGAUGGUCGCCGUCAAGAAGCUCAACCCGGAGAGCGUCCAGGGGUUCGAGGAGUGGCAGUCGGAGGUACAUUUUCUAGGGAGGGUUUCGCAUCCGAACCUUGUUAAGCUUCUCGGCUACUGCUGGGAAGAUAAGGAGCUUCUGCUGGUGUACGAGUUCAUGGCGAGAGGGAGCUUAGAAAACCACCUGUUUAGAAGAGGAGCAGCUUAUGAGCCUUUGUCUUGGACUCUCAGGCUAAAAAUACUAAUAGGUGCCGCACGAGGCCUUGCGUUCCUGCACACAUCAGAAAAACAAAUCAUUUAUCGCGACUUCAAGGCAUCGAAUAUCCUCCUCGACUCAAAUUACAAUGCAAAGCUCUCUGACUUCGGACUAGCGAAGCUCGGGCCAACCGGCGCGGACACGCAUGUUACGACUCGCGUCAUGGGCACCUACGGAUAUGCCGCUCCAGAGUAUGUGGCCACUGUGCUAAAGGAAGUGCCUUUGGUGAUCAUUCAUUCAGGUCAUUUAUAUGUCAGAAGCGAUGUGUACGGCUUCGGAGUGGUGUUGCUCGAGAUGCUGACGGGCCAGCGGGCACUGGACUUAAACCGCCCUAACGGACAGUACAGCUUGGUGGACUGGACCAAGCCGUACUUAGCCGACCGGAGAAAGCUGGCUCGCGUAAUGGACCCACGGCUGGAGGGACAGUACCACUCGAAAGGAGCCCUUCAGGCAGCGCAGCUGACUCUGAAAUGCCUCAAUGGGGAUCCGAAAAGCCGACCUUCGAUGAAAGAAGUCUUAGAGACAUUGGAACAAAUCACAGAAUUGAAAGGAAAGGCGAGGGUGUCCAAAGAUGGCUCCUCGAGAUCGCAUGGCCAUGACCAGGCUCCUGCGAAUCACGGCCGUUCGCCGCUUCGUCCUGGACCAAGUGGCCAUCCCCAGAGAGCAAGAUGAUUGAAUUGAUUGAUCAUGAGCUUUUUAGUCUGAUCAAAUUCUUGUUGUAAAUUGGACCCUUCCAAUUUUGUUUGUUAAUCAUAGUAAAAUUUGAUACUGGACAUGCAUAGUGGGUGUAAUCUAUAAUAUAACAGGAAAUUUGUUAUCUUCUUUGUUAGUGAUAUAAAAACUGUGUGAUCAUGAAUACUUUGAGAGAGAAA